AUGCUAUUGGGCUUGGAGAAUGAGGCUCGUCCUCAUGAUCUUGUCAAUGACGUCGCACGACAAGCUGGUCAAGGUCAAGCUCGAGGAGAAAGCACAGCAGAGACGAGCAUCGAUUCUCGUUCACCUUCUAGUGCCUUAGAUUGUAGAUCUGGAUUUAUU